UCGAAAUAUAAGCUUUAUCGUUGUACUUGAAGAAGCGCCGCGUAGCGGACACAGCUGGAAGCGGAUGAUCGACUUUCAGACAAAGGGCGCGUGAUUAUUUUAAGUUUUUAUUAUGUCAGCAGUGCAAACAUCGUUUUUAUUUUGAUUACGAAUAAACAAUCAUCUUAAAAUUUCUCAUUUAAAAUUAACAGACGGUCCCGCCUUAUUUUAAAUAGGAUUUGAGUGCUCGGAGCAUUAUAGAGGGCCCGAGUUGGCGCGCAUAAUCGCAUCACGUGUGCACGUUUCUCCAUCUUUCGUUUGAAACUCAAAGCGUCGAGGUCAAUGGUGAAAUGUAUGAGAAUCGAGCAAAUUUUAUCGUCAUUUUUUGUAGCAAACAUAAAUGCGUACAUAUGUAUAUACUUCGGUAUACAUAAGAACGGUCCGCAAAAGUGGCGGUUUUCUUUGUGUUAUGAUACAAACUUUGUGAAUCGAGUUAGUCCGACACAAUUUUCUAUAUCGGUUUUCAUAACGAACGUCGCUGUGUUAUUAAUUUUUUUUUAUUUUUCGGCACUCGGUCGCAGACAAUUAUAAUAAUAAUACAUCGAGAAAGCCGGUUUGUUGUUGCCGCUUAAAAAUAUAUCCAUAUACUUCCUCUCUUCGUCUUCGUACACUUGGUUGGUUCGACAUUGGGUGAGGAGACCGGAGUCGGAGAAGGGAGCCGGUGUAGCAAGUUGAUAUCUCACGAUUUUACGUUUACCUAUUUUCUCCGCUAACCCGUAUUUUUUUUGUUUUUCAACGAAACUCUCCUUCAGACAACUUGCCGCAUGAGAUUAUCACGUCAAGAAUUCGGACGAUAGUCUAACAAUGGCAGAUCCGGACAAGAUUCCGGAAACCCAGUCGGACACUCAAGCGACGUAUGAUGCGACGGCAGAGAACGUGACGCAGCAAGUGGGAACGAUGAAUCGCUCGUCUCUAGGUGAGAGUCAAGAUUUUCAACUCGUUGACUGUGACGAAACACAAAAAGAGGCUGAAGAUGGUGCGGUACCUGGAAAAGAAGCUGAGGAGAGCGUCGGAGACAAAAUGGAUCAUGAAAAAAUGAAUCAAGAGUCAGAGAAGCAGGUCGAGUUAAAACUGUCUGUGGAUUCUAGAGCCGAGGGAGAUAAAGAAGAAAUAACCAAAGAAGGAGAAGUCAAAAGUACUACUGAGGACAAAGAAAAAUUCGAAACGGUUGAGAACAAGGAAGAGAAAAUGGAGAUCAACGAAGAAAAAGAAUUAUGCGAACAAGAGGACGAAGACGACGACGUUGAUUUCAUUCAGAGUAGUCAAGCAGAAACUUGCUCACCUUUGAAAAAACAGCUUUCGAGUCUUUCAAGCCUAACUUCCCAGAAGCGUAAAGCAGAAAGUCCCGACGAUGAAACAUGGGCCAAAUAUCCUCGUACUUGUUCCGAAAAAGGCGCUUUGAGUAACGUAAGAAAGCGAUUGAAUGAAGAAACGAAUGACAUUUUUACGGAUGAGAACAAGGAUCAAGAUGACGACGAAAUUAUGUCGAACAUGAUAAUUCAAGAGACUCCCGAAUCCACUGAGAGCUGUGAAUCUCUGCAGCAAGUUGAGCAAGCCCUUGAAGAAACAUUAUCGCAGAAUUUGAUCGAGGAUGAAGAUGAAAAGGUAAAAGAUUGUGAAAAAACUGAUGGAACUAGUGAAGUAGAAGAAUGUCACAAAAACAAAGAACAAAUAGAGAAGAAAAAAGAGGUAGCGACAGAUGAGAAACCUGAAAAAUCGACUGAGGAAGUUCACGAAUCAACUCCCAAAGCUGCGGAACUUCUCGAAUCCAAAAAGCUCUCUAUCGAUGCAAAAGUGAAUGACGCUAUACAAAAAAAUGACAAAGAAGCAUCGAAAACUGACGAAGACUCGACAAGGACAGAGGAAACCAAAGGAAAAUCCAGCCUGGACGAAGUAAUGUCGACCACAAAGACUGAGGAUAAUUCCCGAGCGAUCGACUCAUGUUUCGUAGCACCAACGAGCAGCAAUCGUUCGAGGAUGAGCAUAGAAGUAAUAUACGAUCGUGCGACAGCGCCACCGGAGAAAAAGCAGCCUCGAGAGCUCGUAGAAAUCGACGAAGACGGCGAGAAAAUCGUGCUCGAUUCGUCACAAGAAAGUUGCAACAAAACAUUGGAAAAAUCGUUCGAAAAAAAUGACAGUUCGUUCAAAACUUGUGCGAGUACAGAUUACAAGUCGGUCGAGAGCAACAAAGAUUCUACCAGCAAUGAUCACAAAGCUUCUGUCCACUCAUUGACAAACGGUAACACAGAAUCGAAAAUCGUUGAUUCCGAUUUGACGACAACUGGUCGAUCAGAUCUAUUCACAACCGAUUCAAACAGUGAGAAAAAAGCUUCGAUCGUUCAAAGUCCGAGCAAAAAGUUGCGCGAAACGCCGGUAAGAGUCCUCGGGCAACCAGAACUCGUAAGUAUAAGCGACAGCGAUGAGUCUUUUUCCGUUGACGAGCGUUCCAAGAUCAAAGAACAAUCAUUAAUGAGCUCGAAUCACGAUAAUUCUACGACAAAGACCUUGCCAGUCGAGAAAGAAUUGAGUAUUCUCGUAAAACUCAAGUGUCUCGUUUACGUCGACGAAACAACGAAGGAACACGUCGAGAAAAUCAUCACCGGAGUACACUGCGAAUCGGGGAACUCUGAUUUUUCAACAUCGCGUCACAGGAACAGCGACAACUCGGCUAAUUUGGCCGACAUAUCGGGAAACGAGAAGGACGCAUCGCCGGGCUCAGUGACGAGCAACCCAAAUCCUUAUCCCUUGAACGCUCGUUUGUCAUUGGCCUCGGUCGCAAGUACUUCAUCAACCUCGAGCGCAGGCUCUCUGAACGCUAAAAUAACUGCGAUCAAAUUCCAACUGCCACGGGGUCCUGCAAAACACGCGAAAAAAAUUAACCUCCCGGAGUAUGCGAGACCCGAUGCCGAGGAUGCUCUGGAACAGAUAAAAAAAGAGUGGAAAAACGUCGACACCGUAACUUGCACGGUUAUGAAUUUCGCGAGCCAAGAAUUGAACAACUCCGAUCAACACAACGGCUCUACUCUCAGAGUCGAUAAUUCUAUCGAAAGAAUACGAUCCUCGACACCGGAAGUAGCCCAGAAAGACCUCAAUAUCGAAGCCCAAUCGAUCACACCGAAACGCGGAACAAAAAGAUCUCGAAGCGUCCCGAACGCCGCUGCCAAAACAACGAGAGCCAAAAAUCUUCGUUCUUCCGAUACAAACGGCCUCGAGAAAGAUUCUCAGCCUCCAGAAACAGAGAAGAGAACUCCGAGUGCUUCCAGAAUAAAAAGAAAAUCAUCGGAAAUUUCGUCCACACCCUCCCGACAAUCCUCGACGAAGGAAGAAACCAUCGUUGUGAACAGCGACGAUGACGGAGAACUUGUUGGAAAACAAGUAUUCGCCAAGUGGUCGGACAACAAGUAUUAUCCGGGAACGGUUACCGGCAAAACGAAGACUAAAUUUCGUGUCAAUUUCUACGACGGACAGAACAAGCUCAUAAUCGAAGAUUUCAUCGUUCCAAUGCCACCGACUCUGAGCCCCGGGCUUUCGGUGUAUGCGACUUCGGACGAGGACGAUUACGGAUCUUGCGGUAUUAUUUUGGAAGUGAAGAAUCUUCGGAACGAGGUUGUUUACAUUGUCGAGACUGAUGACGGUGAGAAAAUUGAAGUUGACAUAAAAAAUAUCUUCCUAACGAACGAUCAGGUGCAAGUUCUCAAAGAAGAGGCUAAAAUUGAAAUGAAAAGUCCGCCCUCGACCCCAAAACAUUUGGGCAAAAUUACCCUUGAAAAUGUCAUCGAUGGCAAGAGAAGAUCGAAACGCAUUCUGACCCCGGUCACCACCACUACGCCCAAGGGAAAACGUGAACGCAGUAGUGUGGCCGAUAAACCUGUUGAUUUUGCGAAGCCAUCAGGUUCCGGAGUCUCCAACACUUUGAGCGUCAAAUUCGAAGACGAUCAGGGGACAACGAGCGAUUCGAAUAUUUCUGGAAACGAACAAGUCCCCGAUUCGAUUGGUGUUCAAGAAGAAAUAAACGGUACGCCCGGUGAGCAAGAGACGAAAGGACAACCGAGUUCUAUCAAGGGAAAAGGACGUGGACGAAAGAAAUCCGAGACACCGGAAAUAAUCAACAAUUUGGGGCCCAUACCGCCACCAAAGUCCGAGCUCUUUAAGGGCAUGUCAUUUAUACUUAGUUGCGCAUCGAUACAUAGCCUCGACAGAUUCCAAAUGAGUGAAAGCUCCAGUGACGCCAGAGACUCGUACUCCGAUUCUGGCACCGAGAACGAAGAAGAAUGGAACAGGAAACCCUUCGUUAGAGAUCGCUUAGUCGCACAAUUGACUGCUGGCGGUGGUAAAGUUUACGAUACCUUCGAAUCUAUUCCACCCGAAGAGUAUGUCAAUACGAAACACAUUACAAACUUACCCAACACCACGAGAAAAAAUCUGCUCUGCCUCUCCGUUGGAAUCGGAUCGUACAGUCAUCAAUGGGUCGUCAGGUCUUGUCAAGAAAACAGAAUAGUCAGCCCUUCGGGAGAACUAUUGCCAGCAGGAUGGAGUAUCCUAAAAAAAUCUUACGUCGAAAUGUACCAAAGACGUAUGGGAAAACCGUUCGAAGCUCUUCCAGUUAUAUUCGUCAUUCCGGUGACACCGGUGAACAAAGAGUUCGUUACUUUCUGGCGAAAAGUAUGCGAAAACGCUGGCGGCGGUGUUUUGCUAGUAGAAAAUCCGGAUGAUAAUUUUGUCGAAGGAACUGUGGUCCUUACGAACCAGCACUGUCCAUCGUGGGUCGUGGAAAAAGCAUCGAGCUGGAAUAUACCUCUCGUGUCGACGACAUGGGUAAUAGAAUGUUUGGUCCAGGGCGACUUAUGCGGAGACGAUGCUCACGCAUCGUUUAAGCACAACAUUUUGAAAAAAUCGUUGUCUCACAUAUCGCAUUUAAAGAGACGAAAAUAAAAAUAAAAAGAUGAGAAAAUCGAUGGUCGCGCUCGCUUCGCUUCGAAAUUUCUUGCGUUUUUGAUAAUUCCUAAUAAUUGGAUAACGUUUUUAGACGCAGAAAGAGCGAACGUUGAAUUAUCCAAAACGCACCAGAAAUUCCGAAGGAAAGCGAGCCGGGCACAUCGAUCUCUGUUUAUCUUUUUAUUUUCUUGUGGCGCGAAUAACUGAUCCGAGAAUAAAACAAAACACCACGUAGAGGAUAAGCGUCGUUGAAGAAAAACAAAACGCAAGUGUUCUCAAAAUACAGUAUAUUUUUCUCAACUUUUUUACAAAAUGUUUACGAAACGAUAGAACAAACUAAAAACGUGACUGAAUCGCGAUGACUACGUCUUGUCAACGCGAAAGUGGCAUUAGUAACAGACAUUGACGUUAAGGUAAAAGUAAAUGAAAAAAUCUACCUUUGGACUUCAUGAUAACUAAAUAAACUUCAAUGACUCGUUUCAAUUAGCCUGAAUUCCGAGAAAUCAAAGUUCUUUAAACGACAUUGACGACUCGUUACGUGUGUACGUUCGUAAAUAUGGUAUAUACAUUUGCAUAUGUAUAUACGUAUAUAUAUACAUGCCUAUAUGAUAAUUUUUUGUUUUUCAUUUAUAAGUUGUAGUUACAAUGUACAAUUUUUCUGGUGAUAAAAUAUAUUGAGAUAUUUUGGCA